GGCCACAACAUAAAAUUUAAAAUUACACUUCUGGACUUCAUAGAAAAAUUCAUUAAGUCAAGAAAAAGAGGGAUGGAUGGAAAUGAUGUAACUAUUAUGACAAAGAAUGAAUUAUAAGAACUAAAAGGUUUUUUUUUUCCUCUUAUUUUUUUAUUUAUAUAUUUUCUUAAUCAUGUUACAUGUACAUAGUUGUUUACGUGAAAUUGCUAAAAUAUGGCCCCCACCCCACUUUCUCCAAAUGACCCUAAUCCACAGCCUAAUUCUAGCAUUUAGAGGCCUAUAAAUAUAGAGACCAAUAGUGUUGUCUACCUCACCUCUCUACUCUUUCUCAUUCUCAUACUCUCUCUUAAUAUCUUUUUUUCCUCUCAAUCCUUAAGAACAUGGCAGCAACAAUCCCAAAUGAUGAAAAACUUUGGUUAUUUUUCACCCUACCACAAAUUAUCACCUUUGAAAACAUCAACAUUAUUUCAACCAAUUUAACAAGUUUCCCUUUUUUAGUUACCCUUAUUGGACUCCUUUUUCUUGGUCUUUUUACAUGGGCUAUCUUCUCUUCACCUGGUGGUUCGGCCUGGAAAAAAGGCCGCAACCAUAUGGGCCGAGUCCCAAUACCUGGCCCGAAAGGCCUGCCUGUUUUUGGUAGCUUAUUUACCUUAAGCCACGGCUUGGCUCACCAAACCCUAGCCUAUAUGGCUCAGGGUUUUGGGAGUAAGCAGCUCAUGGCUCUUAGCCUUGGCUCAACCCCAGUGGUUGUGACCUCGGACCCUGAGAUUGCCCGUGAGAUCCUAACAUCACCGUACUUUGCUGAUCGCCCAAUCAAACAAUCGGCUAAGCAGCUCAUGUUUAGCCGAGCCAUUGGCUUCGCUCCUAGUGGGGCCCAUUGGAGGCUCCUAAGGAGAAUAGCUGCCUCCCACUUGUUUUCACCAAGGCGCAUUUUAGCCCAUGAAAGUGGGAUCAUGCUAGAGUGCACCAACAUGGUUAAUGCAAUAUUUAAAGAGCAAGUUUUGCAUGGGGUUGUUUCUAUUAGGAAGCAUCUCCAAGCAGCUGCCCUAAACAAUAUAAUGGGGAGUGUUUUUGGCAAAAGAUAUGAUCUUAUGAAUGGAGAAGGCAACAUGAGCCGCGAGGCGAAAGAGCUAGAUGAGCUUGUUAAGGAGGGUUUUGAGUUGUUGGGAGCCUUCAAUUGGAGUGAUCAUUUGCCAUGGUUGAAGCAUUUUUGUGACCCUAGUGGGAUCGUACAACGUUGCUCGUCCCUCGUUCCUCGUGUUCGAAGAUUGGUACAACAAAUCAUCGACGAACAUCGAGAACGUAGGAUGAAUAAUGGUAAUGAUGCAUCUGAAAAUUCUGAUUUUGUUGAUGUGUUGCUCUCUUUGGAAGGUGAAGAAAAACUACAAGAGGAUGACAUGGUCGCAGUACUUUGGGAAAUGAUUUUCCGUGGAACAGACACAAUUGCACUACUGAUUGAGUGGAUUCUAGCUGAAUUGGUAUUGAAUCCAACAAUACAAUCCAAGCUACAAAAUGAGAUCACCAAAGCCAUGGAAGGUGCAGCCACAAACUCUACCAUCGCCAAGUUACCUUAUUUACAAGCCGUGGUAAAGGAAACCUUACGUCUCCACCCUCCCGGUCCACUUCUCUCAUGGGCUCGAUUGUCCACAACCAAUGUCGGACUUAGCAAUGGCAUGGUUGUCCCUAAGGGAACCACCACAAUGGUUAACAUGUGGUCCAUAACCCAUGACCCUAACGUAUGGGAUAAUCCUGCUAUGUUUAAUCCAGAAAGGUUCUUACACAACUCAGCCACUGCUGGCAUAGAUAUAGAUGUUCGAGGAAGUGACCUUCGACUUGCCCCGUUUGGGGCAGGCCGUAGAGUCUGUCCUGGAAAAGACCUAGCACUCGUGACAGUCAGCCAAUGGGUGGCUGCGUUAGUUCACAACUAUAAGUGGAUCCAGCACGAGACAAACCCAAUCGAUCUUAGUGAAGUAUUGAAGUUGUCAUGUGAAAUGAAGUGCCCUCUCUCAGCUGUGGCUAUUCCAAGGAAUUGCUUUGUUACAAAACAAUACAAAUACUAAUUAACUAAAUCAACAAAGUACAAUCAUGCUAAGUUAUCUACAUACACUUUAACGUGUUAUUACGUUACACUAUAUAAAAUAUAGUUUUGCAUGGAAAUGAUGCACCAAAAAUACUUUAUAUUAUAGCACACACCAAUACAUAUAUAUGUCAACGUUCAAGUGUUAUGUUUUCCACCUUUUCAUAUUGCUAUGUAAACCUUUUUAUUUGUAAGCGUGUGCAAUAUUGUGUACUUUUUAUAUAUGUUAGCUUGGUUUUAUGUGCAAGUGUAUACUCAACAACGAGAAUAAA